CGGUAAACCGGAUAUUCUAGGUUAGACAAGGUCGUUGGCGAAAAUGCCGUAUACCAACGAGGAAUAUCUACCUAGUUAUCAGGAAUUAACUGUUCCUGAAAUACAGCUAACAUCAGCUGUAUUAAGAGCAGGAGCACACCACUUUGGCAAAUACUGCGAUAAUGUUUGCAAGGAGUUUAUGCUGUGCCAUUCAGAAGAAGGAGAUCCCAGAAAAUGCCUAAAUGAAGGGAAAGAAGUUACCAAAUGUGGAUUUGAUUUUUUCGGCAAGGUGAAGAAGAACUGCUAUGAGGAGUUUACCAAGUACUGGCAGUGUAUCGACCAUUCAGGCCAUGAUAUGAACUUGAAAAAUUGCAGACGCACACAGGCCCUAUUUGACAACUGUGUUAAAGAAAGUCUGGGACAAGAACGUCCUCCUCUAGGAUAUUUUGCAAAGGUUCGAACCCAUGACACCAACCGACUUAAACCUAAGCCCCACAAACACAUCCUGCCAGACAGCCCGCCAGAGAUCCCCCCACUGCCUGCUGAGCCCGACCCACGCGCCAGGAAUGUACCAGGGAUGUUAUAGCAUCCUAAUCUCAGGGUGGUCCUCCUGUACAUAGUGCUGCAGUGACUGUCUAGACACGAUGGUAGUGUGCUGCCAAGGGAAACCUAAAUCUGGAUAAAAUUAUAUUUAACUAUAGAAGGUUCAUGUUACCAUGGUUUCCAUUUAAAUUAAUUGUUUUAUGGGAAGACACUACUAAGCUGAUGGUCUGACUCUGCUGAGGCAAAUUUUCAGUGUUAUGAAUUAGGUAAUAAAGAGUGUGAAAGAGAA